AGGACUCCCGGCAGCAUCCUACUUCAGCGGCCUCCUUCUUGAAUUGUCCUAUCCUAUCACAGCGCGGCGCAGCGGCCUGGGCCCGGACGGACGGACCAACCACGCAAGCCAGCUUGCUCAUUUGUUUACAUCACGUCCCCGACGUGCUCUCUCUCCAGUCUCCAGCAUCUGGCAGCUAGCUACACACCGCUCCACCACCACCACCACCCCACGCUACCCUACGCUACCCUGCCCGUCACCAAACGACAAGCCUGACCUGCCACAGACAAGAUGCUGCAGCGUCUAGGAGCUCUGAGAGGGGGCCUGGGGGUUCUGGCCGUCAGGAGAGCGUGUUUAUUCUCAGUUCGCUCCAACUCCAACACCAACCAGAAUGUGGAAUACAAGCCCAUCAAGAAAGUCAUGGUGGCCAAUAGAGGUGAGAUUGCCAUCCGCGUGUUCCGCGCAUGCCAUGAACUGGGCAUCCGCACGGUGGCCGUGUACUCGGAGCAGGACCGUGGCCAGCUGCACAGACAGAAGGCAGACGAGUCCUACAUGAUCGGCAAGGGCCUGCCGCCCGUCGCAGCCUACCUCCACAUCCCUGACAUCAUCAGAGUGGCCAAGGAGAAUGGCAUCGAUGCCAUCCACCCUGGUUACGGUUUCCUGUCAGAGCGUUCGGACUUCGCCCAGGCCUGUCACGAUGCCGGGGUGCGCUUCAUCGGGCCCGCCCCGGAGGUGGUGCGCAAGAUGGGGGACAAGGUGGAGGCCCGAGCCCUGGCCAUCCAAGCCGGUGUGCCCGUGGUGCCUGGCACGGAUGCCCCCAUCACCUCGCUGAAGGAGGCGGAGGAGUUUGCCAAGACCUACGGCUUCCCCAUCAUCUUCAAAGCGGCUUACGGGGGAGGGGGUCGCGGGAUGAGAGUGGUCCGCGAGUAUGAGGAGCUGGAGGAGAACUACAACAGGGCCUACUCCGAGGCGCUGACGGCCUUCGGCAAUGGCGCUCUGUUCGUGGAGAAGUUCAUUGAGAAGCCCAGGCACAUCGAGGUGCAGAUCCUGGGUGAUAAGUAUGGUAACGUGGUGCACCUGUACGAGAGGGACUGCUCCAUCCAGAGGAGGCACCAGAAAGUGGUGGAGAUCGCACCCGCCGCCCUGCUGGACCCCCACCUCAGGGACCGACUGACGGCCGACUCGGUCACCCUGGCCAAACAGGUGGGCUACGAGAAUGCGGGCACAGUGGAGUUCCUGGUGGACAAGCAUGGCAAGCACUACUUCAUCGAGGUCAACUCCAGACUGCAGGUGGAACACACAGUCACUGAGGAAAUCACUGAUGUGGACAUCGUGCACGCCCAGAUCCGUGUGUGUGAGGGCCGCAGCCUGCCGGAGCUGGGCCUGAAGCAGGAUAAGAUCCGCAUCAACGGCUGCGCCAUCCAGUGCAGAGUCACCACCGAGGACCCAGCACGCGGCUUCCAGCCCGACACCGGACGCCUGGAGGUCUUCCGCAGUGGUGAAGGAAUGGGCAUCCGUCUGGACAGCGCCUCAGCCUUCCAGGGUGCUGUGGUGUCUCCUCACUACGACUCUCUCCUGGUCAAGGUCAUCUCCAGUGGCCAGGACCUUCCCUCGGCUGCUGCCAAGAUGUCCCGAGCCCUCACCGAGUUCCGCAUCCGAGGCGUCAAGACCAACAUCCCCUUCCUUCAGAACGUGUUGGCCAAUGACCAGUUCCUCUACAGCACCGUGGACACCCAGUUCAUUGACGAGAACCAGAACCUCCUCAACCUCAAACCCGCGCAGAACCGAGCCCAGAAACUACUCCAUUACCUGGGCUACGUGAUGGUUAAUGGGCCUACAACACCAAUACCAGUUAAAGCCAAGCCCUCCUCUAUUGACCCAGCCAUUCCUACUGUUCCCUUGGGCGAGCCCCCCCAGGGCCUGCGCGACGUGCUCCUGAAGGAGGGCCCCGAGGGCUUUGCCAAGGCGGUGCGCGCCCACCCCGGCCUGCUGCUGAUGGACACCACCUUCCGGGACGCCCACCAGUCCCUGCUGGCCACCCGCGUCCGCACGCACGACCUCAAGAAGAUCGCGCCCUUCGUGUCGCACAACUUCAACAACCUCUACAGUCUGGAGGACUGGGGAGGUGCUACGUUUGACGUGGCGAUGCGUUUCCUGUACGAGUGCCCGUGGCGUCGUCUGCAGGAGUUGAGAGCGCUGGUGCCCAACGUGCCCUUCCAGAUGCUGCUGAGAGGCGCCAACGCAGUCGGAUACACAAACUACCCGGACAACGCCGUCUUCAAGUUCUGCGAGGUGGCCAAGGAGAACGGCAUGGACAUUUUCCGCGUCUUCGACUCGCUCAACUACCUCCCCAACAUGAUCCUGGGCAUGGAGGCAGCGGGGGCUGCCGGUGGGGUGGUGGAAGCCGCCAUCUCCUACACGGGCGACGUGUCCGACCCCAUGAGGCAGAAGUACUCGCUGGACUACUACCUGGGCCUGGCAGAGGAGCUGGUGAAGGCUGGCACCCACGUCCUGUGUAUCAAGGACAUGGCGGGUCUCCUGAAGCCCGAGGCUAGCCGGCAGCUGAUUGGUGCUCUGCGCGACCGCUUCCCUGAGGUGCCCAUCCAUGUCCAUACCCACGACACGGCGGGUGCCGGAGUGGCGGCCAUGUUGGCGUGCGCCGAGGCCGGAGCCGACGUGGUGGACGUGGCCGUGGACUCCAUGUCCGGCAUGACCUCGCAGCCCAGCAUGGGCGCCGUGGUGGCCUGCACUAACGGCACCAAACUCGACACCGGCAUAUCCCUGGACAAAGUCUACGACUACAGUGAGUACUGGGAGGUGGCCAGAGGCCUGUAUGCGCCCUUCGACUGCACGGCCACCAUGAAGUCCGGAAACGCUGACGUGUACGAGAACGAGAUCCCCGGCGGCCAGUACACCAACCUGCACUUCCAGGCCCACAGCAUGGGGCUGGGCAACAAGUUCAAGGCCGUCAAGAAGGCCUACGCCGAGGCCAACAAGCUCCUGGGCGACAUCAUCAAGGUGACCCCGUCCUCCAAGAUCGUGGGCGACCUGGCCCAGUUCAUGGUGCAGAACAACCUGACGCGGGCGGCCGACGUGGAGGAGCGCGCCGAGGAGCUCUCCUUCCCGCUCUCGGUGGUGGAGUACCUGCAGGGUGCCAUCGGCAUCCCCCAUGGAGGAUUCCCCGAGCCCCUCAGGACAAGGGUGCUGAAGAACCUCCCCCGUAUCGAGGGCCGCCCAGGUGCCACCCUGCCGCCCCUUGACUUCGACGCCCUGGAGGCCGACCUGAAGGCCAAGUGGGGCGAUGACAUCACCGCUGAGGACGUGAUGUCGGCGGCCAUGUACCCAAAGGUCUUCCAGGAGUACAAGGAGUUCACCUCGCAGUACGGCCCCGUGGAGUGCCUCAACACGCGCCUCUUCCUGGACGGGCCCAAGAUCGCUGAGGAGAUUGAGGUGGAGCUGGAGAGAGGCAAGACCCUCCACAUCAAAGCGCUGGCCCUGGGCGACCUCAAUAAGAUCGGCCAGAGGGGAGUCUUCUUCGAGCUCAACGGCCAGCUCCGUACCGUGCUGGUCAAGGAUACUCUGGCCAUGAAGGAGAUGAAGUUCCACCCCAAGGCCCUGAAGGACGUGCGUGGCCAGGUGGGCGCCCCCAUGCCGGGCAAGGUCGUUGAGGUCAAGGUGAAGGAGGGCCAGAAGGUGGAGAAGGGCCAGCCGCUGUGCGUGCUUAGCGCCAUGAAGAUGGAGACAGUGGUCAACUCGCCCGCCACCGGCACCGUGUCCAAGAUCUAUGUCAACACCGACAGCACCCUGGAGGGGGACGACCUCAUCCUGGAGAUCAAUGAGGACUAGGAGGAAGGCCCGGGGGUCUUAGUUAGUGGGACAGUUGUCAAUUGGCAUGGAGUGUCAAAAUCCCGAGUUAAGAACGUAAAAACCCUGCCAUAGUUUCCGUCCAGCACAGGUUCCUUCACGGAGCACUACCGCGCACGCACCGUAUGAGCCACUGUUUUUGUACCAUUAUUACGUUACAUUUCACUUAGCGGACACAUUCAUCUAAAGCAACUUACAGCGAUUAACUGGUUAUUGGUUACAGUCUCUGGAGUAGUAUGGGGUCAGGUGCCUUGCUCAAGUGUACCUUUGCCAUGGACAACGGUAUGGAUUGGAAGGGUGGGAUUUGAACCUACUACAAACAACCCUCUGAUCUAAAGCCCAUGGCUUUAACCCUUAGGCCACGGCUGCCCCUGUACCAUGGUUUCUUCACUGCUGCAUGACUGUUCCUUGCAAGGUCCAGCUAUAAACGUUUUGCCACCUCAUGGAAGUUGCAUGGGAUGUGCAUGGAAUUUAAAAAAAAACAAGUGGCUCCUGCUGUACUGUCAUUGGUCUUCAGAGUUCAUCGCAAUCAGCUGAUGCUGAGCUGGUUGGCUCAAAUUUGCGGCAGGGUUUUUACGUUCUGUAACCUAGGAUUGGCAC